AUGCUGAGCUCCGUUGGACCCUCGAAGUCGCGCAUGUCAAGGCGGUCGCUGUCACAGGCGCCGGUGUCCCUCCCGGUCCUGCCGUACACAUCUGCCGAGUGGAGCAAGGCCGUCUCCGACGUCAAGAGACAGUAUCUCAACCGCAAGUACCGCCCGUGCUCGAUGCGAUGCUGUGAGAUUCUCGACAACCUCAAGGACACCGGCAACAUUGAGCCUGCGUAUCUCAUCUACCUGCACUUCUACGCCGCCAGCUCCUUCGAGAUGCUCUCCCGUCCCCUAGGCGGCACGUCGCCUUACAAGACGAGACUCCUUCAGCAGGCCCGCGAGCACUACACCAAGGCCUCCGACCUUUCCAGGGCCGCGGACGAGACCAUGUCCCGCUCCUCCCGCCCAUCCUCGGCAGCAACCUCCAGCAUGCACUCCCCCUCCAGCUCCAUCUCCUCCCGCGCCUCAUCCCGCACGUGGACGAACUCGACCGCCUUCUCCUCGCCCACGCCCUCUGUCUGCUCCGUCGAGGACGCCGUCAACAAGCUCUCCCAGGCCACGACGCCCCCGCAAAAGAAGCGCGUCACCUUCCUCGACUUCCCCGAGGAGCCCAUGAUCCGCCCGGACUCGCCCACCCUCGGCUUCGACGACUUCCUCUCCGCGCCCAUGGAGCCCGAGCCGCGCUACCUCCCCGUCCUCCCCGAGGAGCCGGAACCCGCCGACGAGCAGCAGCAGCAGCAGCCCGAUGAGCAGUUCCCCAAGCCCCCGACGCCGGAGCCCCUGACCGAGGACUGCGACGCCUUCGACUUCCUGCGCGAGCGCUCCGUCCACCGCUACUGCGGCCUCCUCUCCAGCCUGCGCUCCCAGAUCUCGAUCCACAUCGCCGGCGUCGAGGAGCAGCUCGCCGCCCCGCCGCCCCAGGACGCUGCUCCCCCCUCUUCAUUGCCCGUCAGGGCCGCCACCCCUGAACUCAACGACGAGCUGCGCAGCCUGGACAUCAAGGCCCGCAUCGAGAAGCUGCGCCAGAACAACUGGCAACGCCGCCGCUUCGAUGUCGGCCGCUACGAGGCGCUGCGCGAGAGCGCCCUCGCCGAGCUGGAGUAA